AAAUUGGUCGCACAAGAAGUUUGCCGAAAAAUACAAAUUAGGAAAUCCUAUUGCUUGUAAUUUUUUUCGAGUUAGAUGGUGAAAACUCGUGAAGACAAUGACACUCAUGUAGUAUAGAGAAGAUGAACAUAGCAGGGAAAAAAUGUUUAAAGGGUAGAUAUGCCUUAUCAUCAAGUGCUGGCAAAGCGAGGAGAAAAAAUAAGGCGAGAAAUAUUUCAGUCGACACUCUGCGCCUCUUGAAAAAGCUACGUCAAUCUAAAGACAAUUCCCAGUUGUGGUUAGACAUUUCGUGAAGUAUCCAGCUUUUUGUUCUAAAAAGAAAUUACUAUGUGCGAGUAUCUCGCAAAAAGACCCUUUAAUAUCGUAGGUCAUUUUAAAAUGGGUGGAUUUGAGCACAGUAUCAGGGUAGUGUGCCAUUCAUUUUUAAUCCUGCUUUUGACUUGCUUCGGAUGUCGAGAAAAUCAUGCGCAAAACAUUUCCACCCCCGAGCCGACGUUAGGCCCAACCGUUGACCCUAAGAGCCGCGUCCGCAGCCCCAUUAGAUCUGCGAAGGAAAUCGAAGAAUCACUUAGACAUUACUCGCUUCUACCAGAUGUUAUCAGCUACGCUCCGAAGCAAAUGUUGUGGAUGGAGUUCAUAGAUGACUUUAUCGCGGAUAUUGGCAAUGACUUAAGCGGACUAGACGUUCUGUAUCCUCCUUGGCUCAUAAAGUGGCCUUGCAAAAAUGACUCGUAUUAUGCCAUAUUAGGGACAGGUCCAGACACUUUAGUAAAUGGACUACCAAUAAAGAAAGAGUUCAUGCACUGGUUAGUGGUGAAUAUUCCAGGAAAGCAUGUCGCUGAUGGCAGGGCUAUAUUGCACGGGAAGAGACUAGCAGACUACAUAGGACCCGCUCCACCAAAAGGGAAAGGAUAUCAUAGAUACGCUUUUUUUGUGUAUGAACAGACAAUGGGCAAAACAAAGUAUAAUAUUCCGAAGCUAAAUGCAACCGAAACCGACCCACUCCGACAGUUCAAUUCUGAGGAAUUUGCCAAGAAGAUGUAUUUUGGAAAAGCGAUCGCAACGAAUUUUUUCUGUGUUGAGUGGCGAGUCAAUCCUUUAAGGCCUUUUUUAUAAUUAUUGCUCUUAAUUC